AUCCCCUUCUUUUCAAUAUGGCUGCAUAGCGUUGCACACGAUGCUUCAAUGUGUGCUUAUAAAAUCUCAAUUAUAAACAGUAACAUAUGUUUUGUUACUUACUUUAAUUACCUUCAGUAGUCGAAAAACGUUUACAAUGGAGGGAGUAGUACGUUCUGGAUUGGUUGUAGGAUUGGGUAAUCCACUGCUUGAUAUUUCCGCGAAUGUUGAUGAAGAUUUUCUCUCCAAGUAUGAUAUGAAACCAAAUAAUGCUAUUUUAGCGGAAGACAAACAUAAGCCUCUGUACGAUGAAAUGGUUCAGAAGUACAAAGUUAACUACAUUCCAGGCGGAGCAACACAAAAUACUUUGAGAGUGGCGCAGUGGAUUUUGAAGCAGCCAGAUGUGACUGUGUUUAUGGGUUGUGUUGGUCGAGACAAAUACAGCAAGAUUCUGGAGGAUAAAACAAGAAGUGAGGGAGUGAAUGUGCAAUACCAGUACACUGACAAGGAACCUACAGGAACAUGUGCAGUUCUUGUUACUAGUAAUGGCAACCAUCGCUCUCUGUGUGCUAAUCUUGCAGCAGCCAACUGCUUCACAAUAGAUCACAUACACAAACCAGAAAACAAAGUGUACAUAGACAGUGCAAAAUUCUUCUAUGUCUCUGGUUUUUUCUUGACGGUGAGUCCACCAUCCAUUAUGGAAGUGGCAAACCAUGCUCUGAAACACGACUGUCCAUUCAUGAUGAAUCUCAGUGCUCCGUUCCUGUCUCAGUUUUUCAAGGAACCAAUGAUGCAAGCCAUGCCGUAUGUCGAUAUCCUAUUUGGGAAUGAAACUGUAAUUACUGCAUUUGCAAAUGAACAAGGCUUCGGAACAGAUGACCUGAUGGAGAUAGCUCUGAAAAUAACACAGUUACCAAAGAAGAACCUUAAAAGGCCGAGGAUUGCGAUUAUUACGCACGGACAGAAUCCGGUUCUUCUUGCAAAAGAUGGUAUAGUAAAUGAAUUUCCAGCCAUCAGAUUGCCACCAGAAAAAGUUGUAGACACCAAUGGAGCUGGAGAUGCCUUUGUUGGGGGGUUUUUAGCACAGCUUGUAAUGGGCAAGCCUUUAGAGACUUGCAUCCGAUGCGGGAUCUGGACUGCCACGGAGAUCAUCCAGCGCUCUGGCUGUACUUUUGACGGCCCACCCACAUUCUUGGAGUAGUCGGGUAUAUCGCGUCAGUCGGUGCCUUGUUUGGAGAGAAAUUCACGGGCUCAGACUUAAGCUCAUAGUUCAGGAAGACAUGAACCUGUUUCAUCCUGUCUCCUUUAUUAUUUUAUUCACAUGUUAAUCCGAUGGACGUUACGCAUUAUAGCGUAAUGUUCAAGGUGGGCCGUAUGAUUUGUAUUGCCCUGGUAAAAGAUAAUGCAGAUCGAUGUUUAAAGUGUGUUGGAAAUGGGUAUCGUGCUCGCCGAUGAAUGCCGUGUCGUUUUGCCAUGUUUGCACGGAUUCUGUUUAUCUCAGCGUAAAGACAUUUCAAAACAUUUGGAAAGGUCUGUAAAGUAAGAAGUGUCUACACUUGGUUUCUUUACUCUUUUGCAACUUUCUUUCCGGACUUUCUUCGGUCAACCGUUUCUUCCGUCUGUUUUUCUUUUCCUCCAUUUCUUUUAUAUUUCCAUUCUGUCACCACAGAAGCCUAUGUUAAUUCUUUCCUCUUCUUGACAUUACAUUUAUUAAGAUGAUCUGAAAUCAUAUUCUGAAACGUGAUUUCCGUCUACUUGCCGAGAUAAUUGUACUUACAUUUAUGAUUUGGAGAUGAUCUGGGUUAGGAAGAAUUUUUGCCAAACUUGUUUCGAAACUGGGGAUGUGUAAACUGGUUUCAAGUUGAACCAAAUUUUAAACAAACUGGUAAUAUACCCAAAUCACCUAGACUAACUGAGUUUGAGCAUGUUAUUGCCGCCAAGGGCAUUCAGAAAGUUGGUUUUUUAAUUUGGUAACAAGAACACACUACUGUAUCAAAAUAGUAUAUGGAACUCGACUUGGUGUGAAUGCUUUUUUAUUAUUAUUUUUAUUUUAUCCGUGACGUGCGUCUCGAAGCAAGUACAGACUUUAAACUUUGUUUAGAAUGUGUAAUAGUUUGUGUGCCAAACAAAAUGUGAGGGAAAAAUAUAACUUCCUGUUGCGGUUCUGACGGUCUUUUAUAAAAUGUGCUGAUAUAUUUGUACAAUUUUUUUUUUUUUUGGGUUAUGUUUAUGCAUUUUAGGUUACAUAAUUUUAGA